AUUUCAUAUCAGCUGAUGACAUAUGACCUGUCUGUCCGAAGGUCCGAAGCAUGGCCAUUAAUGUUGAUUAAUGUGAUACCACUUCUUUAAUUUUUUCUGUGUCUGUGAACAGUGUACCCGGCAAAACGCAGAUACUUCGAGAGGCAUUUUUUAAAUUUUUUAUUUGUUAUAAUUUUUCGUGGUUGUCAUUAUCUUAUAAGUAGAGAGAACAGAACAAAUACAAUCACUGCAGUUAACGCGAUAUUCAAUCAAUCACAAGUUUAAUCAAAUCACAUCAAAAUGAGUAGCCCAAAAACAGUACCAAACAGUAUCAAGUUUCUCAUCGGUGGGACUUCUGGCAUGGCAGCAACAUGUUUCGUACAGCCAUUGGACUUAAUAAAAAAUCGUAUGCAGUUAAGCGGCACUAAAACAUCAACUGUAAGUGUAACAUCAUCAAUCUUGAAAAAUGAAGGCGUUUUAGCAUUAUACUCGGGUUUAUCUGCUGGUUUAAUGCGGCAAGCCACAUAUACCACCACUAGACUUGGUAUAUACACUUGGCUUAUAGAACUUGCCUCGAAAGAUGCCCAACCAAGUUUUAUCGUAAAAGCACUACUUGGCAUGACAGCAGGUUCUGUUGGAGCAUUUGUAGGUACACCCGCUGAAGUAGCUUUAAUUAGAAUGACUGCUGAUGGAAGACUGCCUAUUGCUGAUAGACGCAAUUACAAAAAUGUGUUCGAUGCGUUAUUCCGUAUAAUUAGAGAAGAAGGCCUCUUUACUUUAUGGCGUGGUGCCAUUCCCACUAUGGGACGUGCUAUGGUUGUAAACGCAGCGCAAUUAGCAUCAUACUCGCAGGCAAAACAGGCUUUAUUAGAUACAGGAUAUUUUGAGGAAAAUAUUCUAUUGCACUUUACAAGCUCCAUGAUUUCUGGUUUAGUCACCACUGCUGCAUCUAUGCCUGUAGAUAUAGCGAAAACUAGGAUUCAAAACAUGAAAACUAUAGAUGGCAAACCAGAAUUUACAGGUGCAAUUGACGUCCUAACUAAAGUUGUAAGAAACGAAGGACCAUUUGCAUUGUGGAAAGGGUUCUUCCCGUAUUAUGCCCGUCUGGGACCGCAUACGGUCUUAACAUUCAUUUUCCUAGAGCAAAUGACUGCCGCUUAUAAAACAUAUUUAUAGUUGUGUAUUGACAAAUAUCCGCCAUUAACGAUUUAAAUGCAGGUGGCAUAUGUUAUUAUUUUUUUAGUUAUUUGCCAUAUAUCUUUACAAUCAUUAUUUGCCAUAUACUUUCUCAAUCAUUAUUUUUGUAAUAAGUUUAUUUUUGCAACAUAUUAUAUGCGUAUGUUUGUCGUUAAAAAGUACGCACACGAUUGUAAUAUCAUUUAUAUGUAUCAUAUACUAGGGAAAGUUAAAAACUAAGAGACAUUUUCUGUUGAUUUAAAAAUCAAAGAAGCCCUUUUAUUUUUUUAUUUUUCUUUGUAUAGAUAUAACAUAAAAAUACAUACAUA